UCAUUAAUGUUUGUAAACAAAAAAAUGUAGGUACCUACUAGGUUAGAAACAUUAUUACUCGAAGUAAAAGUGGUCAGUGCAAUAAUAAAGCCCAUAAUAUAUUUUUGUAAAUUAAAAGUUAUUAUACUAUCCAUUGAAUCUCAUCACAUAAAUAUGCGGCUGAAGAAAGGAAUAUUUUCAAGUAUAAACAGAUCGUGUAGGAUUACCCAGAAACAUUAUAGUGACAUAUUUCCUACAAGUGAAGUAAAAAUAGUAAAGAAUAAGAAAAAUAUAAAGAAUAUUGAAGAAAGCAAACCGGUUAUCAAAAAACCCGACAGUGUGUGUGAUGAGUUUAGAAUCAAUGAUGUAAAUAUACAAAUGGUUUCAAAGAACAUCUUUGAACAGCUUUUUGGCGGUUCUUCAGUUGCUAUAGAUCCUAAUGUUAUAAAAAGCUGCCAGGAUCAUCUACUAAGCCAUGGUAUAAAUUAUAAACAAUACAGCCACCUACCUGAUGUUGUGAUAAAUCUUCCAAAAUUGGAAGGAAAAGAUAUUGAAGAGCACUUUUACAAUAUUGGAGAGAAACAGUGUGCUCCAUAUAGAAAAUUACUACAAAUAUUAUCUACUUGCAAUCUACCAGAACUUCCCAAGGAAUGGUCAAAAAAUAAAGGAUGGAGCCAGUACACAUCCGAUGGUCCAAGAUCAGUUCCUUGUCCUUCAGAUGAUGCGUUGAUAUUUGAUGUAGAAGUUUUAAUGUCAGCAGGGAAGAGACCUACUCUUGCUUGUGCAGUGUCUCCUACAGCUUGGUACAGUUGGAUUAGUGAACCGUUGGCAGACUGUCAAGACCACAGGCAUUACAAUGAAGUGAAGUACGAGAACCUGAUACCACUGGAGACGGAUGGUGACCAGCCGUUCGGAGACUUAAACAGGCCAAGGAUUGUUGUUGGCCAUAAUGUCUCUUACGACAGAUCGAAAGUUAAAGAACAGUACUGGUUAGAGAAGACAGGUGUUCGGUUUAUGGACACAAUGUCGAUGCAUACAUGUGUGAGCGGCGUCACCAGCUACCAGCGCGCUGUCCUCAAAACUAAGAACAAAGAACCAGACCCUUCAGAUGACGACUGGAUAGAGAUCAGCUCUCUGAAUAGUCUUACUGAGGUCCACAAAUUGUACUGCGGUGUAGCAGUGAACAAGGAAUCUCGUGACAUCUUCGUAGAGGGCACCCUGGACGAUGUGAGGAAUAAUUUCCAUAUGCUGAUGCAGUACUGCGCCGGUGACGUCAUUGCCACGCAUAACGUUUUAAGGGAACUGCUGCCGAUGUUCCUUGAGAGAUUUCCGCACCCCGUGACGUUGGCCGGCAUGUUGGAAUUAGGUACUGCAUAUUUACCGGUAAAUUCAAACUGGACGCAAUACAUAAAUUCAGCUGAAACAGUAUUCGAAGAUUGCAAACUUGAAUCGAGACAAAUAUUGUCAACAAAGGCAGACGAGGCAUGUCGUAUGAUGGAGAAUGACGCAUACAAAAACGAUUUAUGGAUGUGGGAUCAGGAUUGGUCGACACAAAGGUUGAAAUUGAAGAAAUCUAAGAACAAAAUUGUAAAAGAUAAGGAUGGAACUAUUCAUGAAAUGGUUGAUGAAAAGAGACAGAAUACAUCUGAAGAUAUCCUUUCCGUUGAGUACAUAGAUAAAUUGCAUCGGAGUAGGUUUGAAUUACCCCAUAAUGUGGGAGAUUUGGAGGAUAAAUUUCUGUAUCUGUAUGAUUUGGGUGAUUCGUUGCCUGUUAAGAGGCCCUAUUUACCUGGAUACCCAGCGUGGUAUAGGAAGCUGAGCACAAAACCGGGGAAAGCUCCCGAUUGGGUUCCAGGAGCUAAUAAUAUAACGACAAGUAUGCAGAUAACUCCGAAACUUCUCCGUUUGACCUGGGAAGGAUAUCCCCUGCAUUAUAUAAAAUCUGAAGGGUGGGGUUUCCUAGUCCCAUACAGUAGAACAAGGGGGGAGAUAGAGGAUGAAGUGGCAAUAGUGCCGCUAGAGAGACUGUUAGAAAUGUGCCCCUUGGUCCAGUGUAAGGAGGGAGUUGAUGCUGAGACAUAUAUACUGCCGAAGACUGUUGAGGAAGAUCUCGGCAAGCGAGCGUACUAUGCCAGAAAAAGAAAGGAAGACCAGGCGGCUGCCAAUCAGUACCACGGAUUGGGUGUUUGGAGCGGUAUCGAGAUACAAGGCUGUUGUCACUUCUUAAGGCUGCCACACAAAGAUGGGCCCAAGUAUAAAGUUGGUAAUCCACUCGCGAAGGACUUCUUGAAUAUGUUCAGUCAAAAUGUGCUCUCCGCUCAAGGAAAUGACGCAGAAAAGGUGUUGAGCUAUGGCCGUAUGAUGUCGUACUGGCGAAACAACAGGGAGCGGGUGAUGGGUCAACAGGUGGUUUGGUUGCCGAGACACCUGCUGCCGGCAGAUGUGCGGGACUCGCGGCAGUUCGGAGCUAUUGUGCCGCAAGUCGUAAUAUGUGGGACGCUCACGAGACGAGCGAGCGAACCGACUUGGAUGACGGCGAGUAAUGCUCAUCCAGAGAGGAUUGGGUCGGAGCUGCGUGCGAUGGUACAGGCUCCCCCCUCUUACUGCUUUGUGGGGGCCGAUGUUGACUCGCAGGAGUUGUGGAUAGCCGCGCUGCUAGGAGACAGUAGUAUCGGAGUCUGUGGAGGAAGUGCUUUUGGAUGGGCCGUGUUGGCUGGAGACAAACGAACCCAGACCGAUCUUCACUCGCUGACCGCACGUGCUGCUAACGUCAACAGAGAUCAUGCCAAAGUUAUUAACUACGCGAGGAUUUACGGGGCUGGUCAGAACUUCGCCGAGCGUCUUCUAAAGCAGUUCAACCCGACAAUGACUAUAUCAGAGGCAAAGAGCAAAGCGGCCAAGAUGUUUACAUCUACCAAGGGAAGGAAAGUGUACACCCUCAAGAAGAAAUAUACGGAAGGGUUUAUGGACGGUGACGAUGGACAGGAUGUAGAAAUGACGUCGUACCAGGCGCAAAGACUGGCAAAACUUAGCGGUAAACGAGUGGAAGAUAUGUUCGAGCGGGCGAGAUGGCGCGGUGGUACAGAGUCGGACAUGUUCAACAAGCUUGAAGAUAUCGCGGAUUCCGAAUCGCCGUGUACAGCGUUCCUUUCGGCUCGGCUAUCUCGUGCUUUGGAGCACGCUGCAGGAAGAUGGGGUGGAACUCGUCUUAACUGGGCCGUGCAGAGCGCUGCUGCCGACUUCCUUCAUCUCAUGCUGGUCAGCAUGCAGCAUGAGGUGCCUUCCGCCAGAUUUAGUCUGAGUUUCCACGAUGAGGUGCGGUAUCUUGUUCCUGAAAAGUUCAAGUAUCGGACAGCGCUGGCGUUACAGAUAACCAAUCUUUAUACAAGAGCGUUCUGUUCUCAUCGAGUGGGAAUCAAAGAUCUUCCGCUAUCAGUAGCGUUUUUCACGUCCGUGGAGAUUGACAAGGUGUUGAGGAAGGAAGCUAAUUUAAAUUGUACCACACCAUCCAACCCUCACGGGUUAGACAAGGGAUAUAACAUACCUAAUGGGGAGUCACUAUCGAUAUUUGAUGUUCUUGAAAAGUGUGACAUAAAUCCAUAAAGAUAAA